GCUCCGGGCAGAGGGUUAUCCAAGGCGAGGCGGUCCCCAAGCCGCGGCCGCACGGGAGAGGAGGAGCCAGCCGGGGAGACCCCACCUCCGCGGAGGUGACAGGCGAGGCCGGGUGCGGAGGGCGCCGAGCCACAUGUCCAGACGGUGCCGUGCGCGCAGCUGCCGGGCGACGCUCUGCCCGCGCCAGCCGCCGGUAUGCGGGACUACGACGAGCUGAUCUCCUUCCUGGGCGAGUGGGGCCCCUUCCAACGCCUCAUCUUCUUCCUGCUCAGCGCCAGCAUCAUCCCCAAUGGCUUCAACGGCAUGUCCGCCGUCUUCCUGGCCGGCACCCCCGAGCACCGCUGCCUGGUGCCCCCCAGCGCCAACCUGAGCCGCGAGUGGCUCAACGCCAGCAUCCCCCGCGAGCUGCAGGGCGGCCGGGAGGGGCCCAGCAGGUGCCGCCGCUACCGCCUGGAGUCGCUGGCCAAUUUCUCCGCGCUGGGGCUGCAGCCCGGCCGGGACGUGGACCUGAGUCAGCUGGAGCAGGAGAAGUGCCUGGACGGCUGGGAGUACAGCCGGGAGAUCUACCGCUCCACCAUCGUCACCGAGUGGAAUCUGGUAUGUGAUGAUGACUGGAAAACCCCCCUGACUACCUCCUUGUUUUUUGUGGGGGUGCUUAUGGGAUCCUUUGUAUCAGGACAGCUCUCAGACAGGUUUGGCAGGAAGAGUAUUCUCUUUGCAACCAUGGCAGUACAGACUGGCUUCAGUUUUGUGCAGGUCUUCUCUACCAGCUGGGAGAUGUUCACAGUGCUGUUUCUUAUAGUUGGCAUGGGACAGAUCUCGAACUACGUGGUGGCCUUCAUUCUGGGCACAGAAAUUCUUGGCAAAUCAGUUCGUAUUAUAUUCUCUACAUUAGGAAUUUGCACAUUUUUUGCAAUUGGCUACAUGUUGCUGCCACUAUUUGCUUACUUCAUCAGAGACUGGCGGAUGCUGCUUCUGGCUCUCACUGCACCUGGGGUGCUCUGCGUUCCACUGUGGUGGGUCAUUCCUGAAUCUCCCCGGUGGCUGAUCUCCCAGGGAAGAUUUAAAGAGGCAGAGAUCAUCAUCCGAAAGGCUGCAAAAACAAAUGGCAUUGUAGCCCCAGCUAUGCUGUUUGACUCCACAGAGAUUAGAUUGAUCUCUUCCUAUAGGGAUAUUUUGGGUUUGUUUUCCUUUUCCCCUAAGAUGCAGGAUAUGAAGUUUCAGCAGCAGCAGAAGGGAUACAUUUUGGACUUGUUCAGAACCCGAAACAUUGCAGUUAUCACUGUUAUGUCAUUGUUGCUGUGGAUGUUAACAUCAGUUGGUUACUUUGGACUGUCUCUCAACACUCCCAACUUGCAUGGAAAUGCCUACAUCAAUUGCUUCCUCUCAGCCAUUAUAGAAGUUCCAGCUUAUGUGAUUGCUUGGCUGCUCCUCCGAAUCUUACCUCGGCGGUAUUCAAUAUCUGGCACCUUGUUCUUAGGAGGAGGGGUUAUUCUCUUCAUUCAGCUGGUGCCUACAGACCUUCACAUCCUGUCUGUCUUCCUGGUGAUGCUGGGGAAGUUUGGGAUCACAUCCGCAUUCUCAAUGCUUUAUGUCUACACUUCUGAGCUCUACCCAACAAUAGUAAGAAACAUGGCAGUUGGAGCUACUUCCAUGUCUUCCAGGGUGGGCAGCAUCAUCGCUCCUUACUUUGUUUACCUUGGUGCCUAUGACCGAUUCCUGCCUUACAUUCUCAUGGGAAGCCUGACUGUGCUGAUAGGGAUCCUUACCCUGUUUCUCCCAGAAAGCUUAGGAAAUCCUCUCCCUGAGACCUUUGACCAGAUGCUAAGAGUAAAAGGAUUCAGAAACAGACAACACACCAACCACAUAAGGAGUUCAAAGAAGAUUGAAGACUCCAAGACUCGGAUAACACGGCUAUGAUAAGGCUCUGCAUCUCCUGAUGGGCUGGAACAAGAAGAAGGACUGCUGAAUGCAUUUCCUAACAGAAAAAAAUCUGGGGUCAAAACUACUGGUGCCACAUAGUUACGAACCUACAAUCUACAGUACUAUUGUACUAAAUAUAGUGCUGUGAAGAUGCCAUCUAUUUCCAUAGGAUUCCCCAUAAUUUAUCCUCAGUGACCUGAUUUUCAGCGGUUUUGAUAAGCUGUAGCUUCUGUGAAGUAGGGAGCUAUGAGCGCUCAGCACCCUUUUGAAAAUCAGGCUAUAAAAGAGCAUGAGGAGCAGUCACAGCGCUGACUCAGUGGAAUCUUGCACUCAAAAGCUGCUUAAACGUGAAUUGAAAUACCAAAGUAGUUCAAGAUUCUAAUACCGGGAUUUUCAAAUGAGAACUAUUUCAAAGUCUUCAUGCUUAAAUGAAUAUUAAAAAAACCCCAAAACCAAUAUUAGAUGAAGAGUCAAGUGAAGCGCUGCUUACAGUGCAAUACACUUUAUACUUCUGCUGUUAGUUCCGGCACUACAGGCUUUCGAACAAAUACGGUGGUAGGAGAAAAUAGUGUUAUAAUGCUUUCUUAAUAAAAAUGAUAUUUUAGUUGCAUAUGUACUUUGUGGCCAGAUUAAAUCUGUCUAGCCUGCUGGAUUGAUGAUGGCUAAUCAUUAUUCCGAAGGUCACACUCCCCUACUGUGCAGAGGACCAACAAAAGGAGUAUGCGCCAUUUAAGCCUCAGUCUGAAAGCUUAAGGGGAAUUUGAGUGCUGUAUUUGUUUUGUGCUGGCCCUCGGCACAGGAGUGAAUUUCACCUUAGUAAGUUUAAACAAAGAGAGAAACUUCAUAACCUCUCACCUGCUUAAAUUGUGUAACUGGCAUGCAUUGCCCUCUGGGCUUCAUGAAUCUUUUUUGCUUUCACGUUGAAGCCAGUUGUGGCUGAGACACAAGUGCAACACAGCACAUCGGUAAUGGCAGAGCAGGAGUCGUUUAUGAAAGUGAAUCUAUUGGGCAAAGGUAUUCAAACAGAAAUUCAAUGUAAGUGCAAAAGACUAUUUGUUUCAGGCUGAAAGACUCUGGCUUUGAAAAUCAAACCUUUCUUUUGCAUAAAUGGUUUUGCCAUAUUGAUAGUGUAGCGCAAGGCAGCCAUUGUCCUGGGCCAGGGUUCUGUUCCAUUCCUGCUAUCUCAUCUCUUUUCAAACAGAGUUUUCUUAAUAAGGCAUUUGCAAUAUUUAAAGAUUUGAUAUAGCUGAUUUUUUUUUUUUAAAUAUAGAGGAAAUUCCCUUUGGUCUAACAUGUAGAAUAACUGUUUAGAUUACUUCAGUUACCAUUCUCAUCCAACCCUUGAUAUUAGCAUGGGAUAGAGCUGUUUACAUGAGAUACGGGGAUUGGGCUUGGUAUAUCGUGGCCAUAUUUUUAUGAAGAUACUUUCUAUAAAAAAGGCGGUACUUAUUCUCCUUUAUGUGAUCAGAGACUUGGAUAUUUCUGAAACCAAUUGAAAUAUUUUUAUACUCCUGUAACUUCUUAGGAUCCCAGAAAACUUAAUUUUCCAUGUUUUCAAUUAAAAAAAACAAACAAGUUUGUCUGUGUUUUUGACAGCUUGUCUUUAUCAGUCCAUUUCCCGGGCCUGUAGCACUGCCACAUCUCAUAUAGUUUAAGUGUUAGCAGCUUUAUUUUUAAUAAGAAUGUUUUUGACGUUAGGGGACUGUACUCAGAAGAUUGUGAAAUUGUUCUAACAAGGACUUUAAAUUGUGUCUACACCUAGCAAAAAAGGAGUUACUUCACCCGAUGGAGCAUUUGCAAGGAGACAUUCUGUUUUCUAAUAAAUCUCUCCCAGGUUUGAACAGUGAUGCCUGAAGAAAUCCACAGAGUGUGAAUCUAUGGAGGGAUCAAGAGGAGCAAAAACUCCAGUUUCUGGCACUAUUAUUUUAUUUAUUUUUUCUUAAAUUGUAAAGCCUUCCUAAGAGAAUUGCAUAGGCUUAAAAUGCUGCUGUACAAGUUUUAACAUACACUUGGUUUGGCCUAGCACUGCAGUCUUCAUGGUAAGUUGUCUGUCAAAUACAGUCCUAAUUGUAACAUUUUUCAAAUGAGUUAUAAGUUGGGGCUCAAUAUGGGAGCUAUAUAUUUAUGAGCAGUCAGGGUACCACUUGUAAAGCAGUGCUUUGGGGUUGGAGAAGGAGAGGAUUAUUCCCAUUGACUUUGCUGGGAGCUGUGUUAUUCCUCUUGUGCAGAGAUAAUCGCAUAUACCCCGCUGUCUCUGUAUAAACUAUCCUCAGCAAGAUCUGAAGCUGGCUUAUUGGAGCUGCUGAAGUAUGGAUGAAAGUGUGGCAGUUGCCAUUAGCUUGUUUUUCUUUAUUAUAAUAAAAAUGUGCACUGACUUAUUAUAUAACCUA